AUGCGGGCCUUAAGCCAGCAAGAUGCCGAAAGGCUUAUCAUCGAGAUCCCAGAAGUUGAUAGGCUUCGUUCCUGUUCCAAGUUGUACAGUGCGAAACCACAUCUCGCUGGCGACCUGCAGCACGCGGAACGCAUCCGAGACCUGUGGCGUUCUUACGGCAUCCCCACUGAGCUUGUCCGGUACGAUGUGCUGCAGAAUUUUCCAAUCCGUUCAGCCUUACAUCUCCAUUGCGAAGAUGGCUCGAUAGCCUUCGAUGCGAGCCUGAUCGAAGAUGAUGUGGCCGAAGAUCCGACUUCAGCUCCGCAGAACGGGCUACCAUCCUUCUUCGGGUUCGGCGCGCAUGGCACAGUGAGCGCGAAGCUCGUUUACACGAACUUUGGCACAUUAUCGGACUUCCAGCUACUCGAAUCAAAAGGCAUAUCCGUGAAAGGCAAGAUCGUAAUCUGCAAGUACAGCAAGGUCUUUAGGGGAUUGAAAGUCCGAGCGGCAGAGCAAUUUGGCGCAGUCGGGGUGAUCAUAUACAGUGACCCCCAAGAAGAUGGCGAAUACACCGUGAAGAACGGGUAUAAACCGUAUCCCCAUGGCCCUGCAAGACAUCCGAAAAGCAUUCAGCGUGGCAGCGUCGAUUUCUUCUCCGUCUCUGUCGGCGACCCUACCACGCCAGGUUACCCGAGUUUGCCAGGAGACGAUACGGAACGACGAGAUCCAAAACACGCAAUUCCUUCUAUUCCCGCUAUACCAAUAUCUUUCAGCGAUGCGAUACCAUUCCUAGAAGCAUUGAACGGCCGAGGGUUGGGUCCGGAUGAGUUUGAUGAGGGAGGGAGCAAUUGGAAGGGGGCCUUAGAUAGUGUUGAUUAUUGUACAGGCCCAAGCAAAGUCAACGUGACGCUAUGCGCUGAAGGAGACUACCGUUAUUCUCCUAUAUAUAAUGUUAUUGGGACUAUUGAAGGCCAAACAGAUGAAACCGUUAUCUUAGGUAAUCAUCACGAUUCGUGGUGUUGUGGUGCCGUUGACCCUGUGAGCGGAAACGCGGCGAUGAAUGAAGCAGCACGGGGUCUUGCCAGGCUGGUAGAGAGGAGUUGGAAACCAUACAGGAAAAUUAUCCUAGCUUCUUGGGACAACGAAGAAUAUGGGCUUGUAGGAUCCACAGAAUUCGGCGAACAGCACGCGGAAUGGUUGACGGAGAACUGCGUCGCCUAUAUCAACGUGGAUGAGGCUACAAAUGGUGGCAAUAUUCUUGGAGCUUAUGGGAGCCCAUUAUUGAGCCAAGUUCUUCGUGAAGCAGCGAACGUGAUACCUUCACCGGUCAACGAAGGCAAAACAGUCUAUGACGAUUGGCUUCGCCUCCAGCAAGAAAUUUCAGGUCCUCUCAACCAACCCAACUUGACUGUGAUGGGCACCGGAAGCGACUACACGGUCUUCUUCCACCACCUCGGCAUCUCUUCUUUAGAUAUGCUUUUCAAUCAAAAGGGCACAGCUGUUUACCCAUACCAUUCCAACUACGAUAGCUACUACUGGAUCGACAAAUUUGGGGACCCUGGCUUCAAGAAGCAUCUAGCUAUGGCUAGGCUCUGGGGUCUUUUAAUCGUUAAGCUUGCCGGAACACCAAUAUUGCCUUUCAGAGCUUCCGAUUACGCAGACGCCCUGAAAAGACAUGUCAAGUCCCUUAGUGACAAGGGUAUAUCUGGCCUAAUUCUCGAACCGUUGGAAAGGUCAAUCUCUAGAUUUGAAACAGCGACGAAUACAUUCGAUUCGAGUGUGCAUCGCGCAGAAUUGGGAACGUCCCGGCAACGAGUACCAAGAGCGGAAGAGGUUAGCAAAGUCUAUAUGAAACUUGAAAGGUCAUUUUUGUUGGAAAAGGGUGGAUUACCUGGACGGCCCUGGUAUAAACAUCUGAUCUUCGCACCUGGCCUAUGGGCGGGUUAUGAUGGAGUUGUCUUUCCGUGUAUUACGGAGUGCCUUGAGAACGGCGAUGUCCCCGGUGCGAACAUAGCAAUUCAGGAAGUUUCUGAAGUCAUAAAUCAGGCUUGUUCCAUUGUCAAUAAGAGGUGUCCAGCUGUCCGAUAGGAUACCGACCUACCAUGGCCCUCUCAUUCGAUGUCUUACACGAGAACUGUGUUUUUCGAUGUAUAAGUACUGGAUACCAAGUUCCAAGGUUGGCAUUCUAACAGCUACAUAUUUACCCCCGAAAAUGCUCA